AUGUCGCGAGUGGAAUUAACCGCGCUUGGGAGAGAGCUGGGCUACGAUGGGGUGGAACUGCGAAACUGGGUGAGAGAUGAGAUGGAUCGAGAGGACGUGCGGCAAGCAAAGGCAAAAGAAAUGAUAGAGUUGAAGAUUCGGCUGAAGGAAGUCGAAAAUGCGAGCCCUACGAAUGGGUCUGGGGCGAAUCACGGCGCCGUGCUAACGAGUCCUCAACGCUGGAUGGCGGCCUUUGAUGAGAAGAAAGACGACUUAGACGCAUAUCUCCUUCGGUUCGAGCGUUUAGCCCUGGGACAACUCUGGCCUCGCGACCAAUGGGCUACGAUGCUGGCAUUGUGUUUGAAGGGCGAGGCACUGUCGGUAAUUUCCAGACUCACACCGGAAGAGUCCGUUGACUACGAGGGCGUGAAGAAGGCAUUGAUGAGACGGUUCCGUCUGACUGCAGAGGGAUUUCGUGAAAAGUUUCGGAACGCCAAACCGGAAAACGGGGAAACGGGAGCACAGUUUGCAGCGCGCCUGGCGAGCCUAUUCGACCGUUGGGUCGAACUUGCCGAGACGAUGAAGGAGUACGACACUCUCCGGAACCUAGUACUCACCGAACAAUUCAUAAAGGGGUGCUCGCCGAAGCUUGCCAUCUUCAUCAAGGAGAGAGGAUCAAAGACUCUGGACGACAUGGCCGACUUGGCCGAUCGGUUUCUGGAAGCACAAGGGGCCCAGUCUCUUGGGUUCAAGUCGGAAGAGAAGAAACCGAACCCUGAUGCUCCACGAGAUGGCAACAAGAAACCUGCGGGAGAAGGACGGCCCCCCUUGAGAUGCUUUCUCUGCAACCGCAUGGGACACCGGGCUGCUGACUGCCGAGAGAAAGGCCCGAAGACUCCCUCCUGCUGGAGAUGUGGUCGGACGGGCCACACCGCAAAUUCCUGCCAGGGAGGAUGCCAAGAUGGAACCCGGGGGCGAUCUCAAGCUUCCUGCUGCGUGGCUGCUGAGAGCGCCCAGAUGAACGACGCGCUCCUUCAGAACGGCUACAUGAAGUUGACGAAUGGGGAGCGACUCCCGAUCGUAAAUUCGACCAUUGCGGCCGAAACGAAGCACUUGACGGACGGAGUACCAGUACGAACCGGAAAAGUGGGAAAGCGAAUCGUCACUAUCCUCCGCGACACCGGGUGCAACACCGUUGUUGUUCGGAGAAGCCUUAUCGCAGACGAGGACCUCACGGGAACGUCUAAAGCGGUUUCCCUGGUGGAUGGCACGGUCAAGGUGCUCCCCGAAGCCAGGCUGUCAAUGCGCACUCCUUUCUUCAGCGGCGAAGUAACAGCACUCUGCAUGGAGAGUCCAUUAUAUGACAUCAUUCUGGGCAACAUUCCCGGGGCUCUGGCAGCAGGAGAGUCCAAUCCCGACUGGGAUGUUGAAGCAGCUGAUACCGGGAUCACCACCGAAGGCGAAGAGGGCAAGGAAGUCGAACCUACCAUGAGUGCCGCCGUGGAAACCAGGCUUCAAAAGAAGAGCAGCCAGACGGCUGGAUCUAAGCCACUAAAGGUCCCGGAAAUCCAGAAUGAAACCGUCACUCCCGAAGCUCUGAGGGCAGAACAACGUAAGGACGAGAGCCUCCGGAGCUGUUUCCUGAACGAGGGGAAGAAAAUGACUGUUAAGAAGAAGAGACAUUCUUGCGAGUUCGUCAUGAAGGAGGGGGUUCUAUAUCGGAUUUACAGAACAAACACAGCAAGGGAAGUACACCAACUGGUCGUUCCGAGGAGGUUCCGAGACACGGUCCUAAAGAUGGCGCACGACGGGAUCCUGGCCGGACACCAAGGCACGCAGAAAACGAUGGAUCGGGUUCUAGAAGAAUUUUUCUGGCCAGGCGUCGGAGCGGACGUGAAGCGUUUCGUCAAAUCCUGCGACCGCUGCCAACGAACGACACCAAGAGGGAAAGUCGCGAAGAUGCCGCUGGGAAGUAUGCCACUCAUCGGGACGCCGUUUCAACGCGUAGCCGUUGACAUCGUGGGGCCGCUCGCGCCGACCACCAAGAAGGGGAACAAAUACAUUCUUACGAUGGUUGAUUACGCUACGCGGUACCCGGACGCCGUGGCUUUACCCGAGAUUUCGACUGAACGGGUGGCGGAGGGACUCGUGGAGAUGUUCACCAGAACGGGAGUUCCCAGGGAAGUACUGAGCGAUCGCGGCUCCAAUUUCACUUCGGACGUCAUGAGCGAGGUGGCCCGGUUGCUGUCCAUGAGGCAGUUAUUCACCACCCCCUACCACCCAAUGGGAAAUGGCCUCGUCGAGAAGUUUAACGGAACGCUGAAAACCAUGUUGAAGCGUAUGUGCCAAGAAAAACCAGCAGACUGGGAUCGGUACCUCGCGCCGUUGCUGUUCGCCUACCGAGAGGUGCCUCAGGCAAGCCUGGGCUUCUCUCCGUUCGAACUUCUUUACGGACGAAAUGUGCGGGGACCACUUUCCGUGUUAAAAGAGCUCUGGACCAACGAGUCGCUCGACGGAGAAACCAAGACGACUUACGAGUACGUUUUCGAGCUCCGCAACAAGCUGGAAGAAACCUGCAAGAUCGCGCACGAAGAGUUGACACACGCCAGCGAACGCUACCGUCGGGGCUUCAAUCGGAAGGCCCGCAGCCGAGUUCUAGUAGUCGGAGACCGCGUACUUAUCUUGCUUCCCACGGACCAAAACAAGUUGCUUAUGCAAUGGAAGGGGCCCUAUUCGAUCACCGCAAAACGAGGCGAACUGGACUAUGAGGUAGACCUAGGGCACUCGACAAAGUUGUUUCACGGCAACCUGUUGAAAAAGUACGAAGAACGACAGACGGAGGGGGCGGCCAAGGCCUGCAACGUGGUAACUUUCGAAGAAGAGGAACGGGAACCGGAUUUCCCUUUGCUGCGAAUGGAAGCAAGCGAAAGCUCGAAAGACGUUGCGUUUGGGGCGGGCCUUAGCGCUCAACAGAGGACAGACGCCGAGGCGGUAGUGGAGAGAUACCACAACAUCUUCUCGGACCUUCCGGGAAAGACCGAUCUCCUCGGAUGUGAACUGAGGACCUCUACUGACCUACCAGUGCGAACGAAACAGUACCCGCUGCCAUUUGCGGGCGAGAAGAACCACGUGAUGUGGGGCACCCCACACGAGGCAGCUUUCCAGAAGCUCAAGAAGGACCUCACCGAGGCCCCCAUUCGGAGACUCCCCGAUUUUCAAAAGAUGUUCGUGCUCCGAACGGACGCCUCCGAUCACAGUAUCGGGGCUAUCCUCCUUCAAAAACACGGAGACGUCCUUCACCCAGUAGCCUAUGCCAGUCGGCGGCUCCUGCCUCGAGAGGAGGCUUACGCAACUGUCGAGCGGGAGGGCUUGGCGUUGGUUUGGGGGAUUGAGAAGUUCAAGCCGUAUCUCUACGGAAGAGCAUUUCUGCUCCAAACUGACCACCAACCCCUGCAAUAUAUAAAUCAAACGAGACACGCAAACGCAAGGGUCAUGCGCUGGAGCCUGAAGCUCCAAGAGUUUGAUUUCAGGGUUCAGUACAUAAAGGGCAAGGAAAACGUUGGGGCUGAUUAUUUAAGUCGGCUUUAA